UUGUAUUACAAGGUUUUAUUCUUACACUCUGUUAAAACGUUUCUGGCUCAGCACUAUUAAGAAAUGAUGGCCAAGUGCAUUGUAUUGACCGCUAUAGUGAUGCUGGCAGUGGCGUGUGUGGCUUCUCCUCUGUCCAAAAACAAACCUGCGAACACAAAGGAAAUGGCAGGACUUCCAGAGAGACCACCUGAGACACCUGAGAGACUGCAGGCCCUUGUGAGGCGUUCAUUGCAGCUAUCGGAGGAUCAGCGCGAACUCAUGUCCCGGCAGCUCUUACAGGCACUAUCAGAAAUCAUCCAACGAGAGGACUGCGUUACAGAUUACCAAGGCUGGGUAGAUUUUGGGCGCCGAAGUGCAAACUGAGACUGUAUGCAAAGUAGUUAAAACUCUGUACUGUGAUCUGUCAAUAAAUAUAUUUGCAACUA